AUGGCCAGCAACCGAAUGCGUCGAAUUGGCAAGGAGUUGGCCGACAUCCACUCCGACAAAAAGUCCCAGAUUACGGCUACGCCUGUAAACGAACAAGAGGACAUUACACACUUGCGAGGCUCUUUUCCAGGCCCCCCAGGCACGCCUUAUGAGGGUGGUACAUAUAACAUUGACAUCAAAAUCCCGACCGACUACCCUUUCCGCCCUCCAGUAAUGAAGUUCGAGACCAAAGUCUGGCAUCCCAAUGUCAGCAGUCAAACAGGUGCUAUUUGUCUUGAUACUCUCUCCAGUGCUUGGUCGCCUGUGCUGACUAUCAAAUCCGCACUUCUUUCGUUGCAAUCUUUGCUCAGCACACCGGAGCCGAAGGACCCACAAGACGCCGAGGUGGCCAACAUGCUGCUGAGAAGGCCGAAGGAAUUCGAGCGUGUUGCGCGACAGUGGGCUUCGAUAUAUGCGGGCGCUCCCUCAACUGGCUUUGAGAACGGGGAUGGUCUAGAUGAGACAGAGGGAGCUGGUCACGAUAACCUGGCCCAAUACGACGGAUAUAACAAAGACCUGAUCGAUCGAUUCAGCAGCAUGGGCUUUGAUGUGGCUCGAGUCGUAUCAGCAUUUCGGGAUGUUGGAAUCGAACGGAAUGGAGGCAUGGACGGUGAGCUCUCAGAGGGUCAAAUGGGUGAUAUUACUGCCCGCCUUCUUGGAGAGUAG